AUGCAAGAUACACUUGUGGACAAUGUCGGUUGUGAGGAUGUUGUUAUUAUAGAAAAUAUAGAAGAAAACGCAAAUAUUGAUGAUUUGGAAAUUGAAAUUUUGAACCAAAAUAAACUAUUAUGUACCAAUGAUGAAAGUGGAACAACUGCACUGGAAAAAAUGGAUAUCGAUUCCCCUACAAAGACGGUCGACAUUGCAAUCCCAGAAAUAAAUAUAAUAUCUGAUAUUUUAUUAGAACCAAAUGAAUUUGAGAAAAACAACACAACAGAGCAACCAAAGGGAACAAGCAAACAUCAAGAAAAGGAAGCUGACGAUCAAACAAGACUAAUUGACUUUAGUGAAUUGGAACCUCAAGCUUCUAGCCAUGGAAGUCCUAUAUCAGAAUCUGCGACAACCUCGGCGGCAAAACCAACUUCUAUUGAGAGUGAGACUACAAAAAAUAAUGUUCCUUUUGAUGUACCAUCUCCAUUUAAAACUAUACUAUUUUGGCCAAGCGUUGAAAAGUCGGAAAAAAAAGGGCCGUAA